AUGGAGGACCCAACAGCAGCAGCAGCAGCAGCAGCAGCAGCAGCAGCAGCAGCAGCAGCAGCAGCAGCAGCAGAAAACCCUCCCUCAAUGGAACACGGCUCACAGCAGCAACCGAUCCCCUCGCCUGCGGCUGAAACAGCACAGCAGCAGCAGCAGCAACAGCCGCAGCCACAGCAGCAGCAAGAACCACAGCUGCAGCAACAGCCGCAGCAACAGCCACAGCCGCAGCAACAGCAGCAACAGCCGCAGACGCAGGAACAGCCCCAGCAGCAACAACCGCAGCAGCAGCAGCCGCAACAGCCACAAUCAGAGCAGCAGCAGCCGCAACAGCAACAACAACCGCAGCAGCAGCAACCGCAGCAGCAACAGCCGCAGCAGCAACAACCAGAGCAGCAACAGCCGCAGCAGCAACAGCCGCAGCAGCAACAACCAGAGCAGCAGCAGCCACAGCAACAGCCGCAGCAGCAACAACAGCAACCACAGGAACAGCCGCAACAGCAGCAGCCGCAACAGCAGCAGCCGCAACAGCAGCAACAGCCGCCGCAGCAGCAGUUGCAACAGCAGCAGCAGCCGCAGCAGCAGCAAGAGCCUCAGCAGCCGCAACAGCAGCAGCCGCAACAGCAGCAGCCGCAACAGCAGCAGCCACAGCAGGAGCAGCCACAACAGCAGCAGCAGCCGCAGCAGCAGCAGGCAAAACAGCAACAACAGCAGCCUGUAGAGCAGCAGCAGCAGGCAGCACAGGUGCAACAACAGCCAGAACAGCAGCAGCAGCAGCCUGCACAGCAGCAGCCGCAGCCAGAACAACAGCAGCAGCAACCUGCCCAGCAGCAAUCGCAGCCAGAACAACAACAGCAGCAGCAGCAGCCUGAGCAGCAGCAGCCACAGCAGCCUGAGCAGCAACAGCCUCAGCCUCAGCAGCAGCAGCAGCAGCCUGAGCAGCAGCAGCAGCCUGAACAGCAACAGCAGCAGCAAGUUGCGCAGGCUCAAGACAUCACGGCGGGGGCGCAGCAGGCACAACAGCAACCGGGGGAGCAGCAGCAGCAGCCUCAGCAGCAGGAGCAGCAGCAGCAACCGCAGCAGGAAUCGCAACAGCUGCCGCAGCAGGAGCAGCAGUUGCAGCAACAGGAGCAGCAGCUGCAGCAACAGGAGCAAAAGACACAGCAAGAGGAACAUGCACUGCAACAAGAAGUUCAGCAGGUGCAGCAAGAGCAGCAGCAACUGCAGCAACAGCAACAGCAACUGCAGCAGGAGCAGCAGCUGGCGCAGCAGGAAGUGCAGCAAGUGCAGCAACAAGAGCAGCAAAUGCAGCAAGAGGGUAGACAGCUGGAAGAGCAGCAGCUACAGCAACAAGAGCAGCAGCUGCAGCAACAGGUGCUGCAGCCGCAGCAAAAGGAGCAGCAGCUGCAGCAGGAGGAGCAGCAGCUGCAACUAGAAGAGCAGCAGCUGCAGCAGGGAGAGCAGCAACUGCAGCAACAAGAGCAGCAACUGCAGCAAGAAGUGCAACAACUGCAGCAACAACAGCAGCAAGGGGACCAGCAGCUGCAUGCAGAAGAGCAGCAGCUGCAGCAGGAGGUGCAGCAAAUGCAGCAAGCAGAGCAACAGGUGCAGCAACAGGAGCAGCAGAAGCAGCAAGAAGAGCAGCAACUGCAGCAAGACGAACAACAGCUGCAGCAAGACCAACAGCAGCUGCAGCAGGACGUGCAGCAGCUGCAACAAGUAGAGCAGCAACUGCAGCUAGAACAGCAGCAACUGCAGCAGGAUGGAGAGCAACCGCAGCAGGAAUUGCAGCAACUGCAGCAGACGGAGCAGCAACUGCAGCAAAGCGAGCAAGUGCUGCAGCAGGGCGAGCAACAGCUGCAGCAACAAGAGCAGCAGCUCCAGCAACAAGAACAGGAGCUGCACCAACAAGAGCAGCAGCUGCAGCAACAAGAACAGCAGGUGCAGCAGGAGGUGCAGCAGCUGCAGCACCAGGAGCAGCAGCUGCAGCAAGGGGUGCAGGAUGCUGCUCAGGCCCAACAGCUGCAGCAGCAACAACAGGAGCAACAGCUGCAGGUGCCAGAACGUAAUAUCUCUGGUCCAGAACAGCAGCAGCAGCAGCAGCAGCAUCAGCCGCACCAGCAGCAGCAGCAGCAAGCUAUCUCUGUGCAGCAGCAGGAGCUGCUGCUGCAGCGGCUAGAGAGCUGCCUUGGCUGCUCCCGCGGCACCGCAGCAUGGAGCUCUGAGGCGUUAGCAGACCUUGUUGCGGUACAGCAGCAGGGGUUGCUGCAGGUGCCAGCAGCAGCAGCAGCUGCUGCUGCUGCUAUAGCAGCAGCAGCAGCACGGGGAACUAUAGCAGACUUGGUAAAGGCUAUUGCUGCAGGACAUGAGAGAUUGAGGCAGCAGCAGCAGCAGCAGAAGCAGCAGCAAGUUAAGAAGCAGCACACAAAGAAGCAGCGGCACCAACAGAAGAAGAAACAUCAGCAGCAGCAGCAGCAGCAAGACUUUGCUGCUGCACAAACAAGAGCCCACAUGCGCACCGUGCUGCUGUGUCUGUUGCAACUGCAGCAGCAACUGCAGCAAAGGCAGCAAGCGCAGCAGCAGGCAGCUACACCUAUUGCUCCAACCGCCACAACAUCAGCAACACCAACAGCAGCAGCAGCAACUACUACCAUCAGCAGCAGCAGCAGCACCAGGAUCAGCAGCAAACUGCUGUGGUUAAGCUUAGAUCUCCCUAUUGAUGCUGUCAGCAGCGCGGAGAGACACCAACGCCGCUGCGCAUUGAGGUAUCUACGCAAGCAGCAGCAAAAAGCAGCAGAUAAGAGACAAAAGCUGCUAGCUAUCCUGGAUGCACCGCACCAGCAGCAGCAGGAACAGCAGCAGCAGCAGCAGCAGGAGGAGCAGAAGCAAGAUGCAGCAGAGCGGCUAGCUGUUCCUGAUGAGGGAAAAAAGGAGACAGAGACAGAGAAAGAGAAGAAACAGGAAGAGACAACAAAUCCACAGACGCAGCAGGAGCAGCAGCACCAGCAGCAGCAGCAGCAGCAGGAGUCACCAUCUAGCAGCGCAGCACAACCCAGCAGCAGCAGCAGCAGCUACAACCACCACAGCAUGGGCAGCAAGAUGACUUCCCUCCUUGGUAGUCUCCGUCGUAAGGCAACAAAUAUUACCAACCGCAGCAGCAGCACCGCCGCCAACAACAACAACAACAACAACAACAACAACAACAACAACAACAACAACAACAACAACAGCAACAGCAGCAGCAGCAGCAGCAAGGGCAAGUUGUGGGGUACAGGAGCCGGAGGAGGAGGAGCAGCAGCAGGAGCAGCAGCAGCACUGCAAGGAGCGAAGAAUCUGUUCUCAAGGGCAGGGAGGGCAAUCAAGAGCCCUGUGUCUACUCUUGCUUCUUCUGCGUCUCUUAGGCAGAAGCAGCAGCAGCAGCAGCAGCAGAAGCAGCACAGCACAGUAACAGAUGCAAGCCCAGGGGAAUCCAACGACCCCACACAAGCAGCAGCAGCAGCAGCAGCAGAAGCAGCAAACGCAUCCACAAAAGAGGCUGCAGCAGCAGCAGCACAAGCGACUGCAGCAGAAGCAAUGGGGACUGCAGCACAAGCAGAAGCAACUGCAGCAGAAGCAAAAGCAACUGCAGCAGCAGCAGAAGCAACAGCGACAAAUCCAGAAGAGAUGCCAUCAACAGCAGCAGCAGCAGCAGAGACUGCAGCAGAAGCAAAUGCAACUGCAGCAGCAGCAGAAGCAACUGCAGCAGCAGCAGAAGGGACUGCAGCAGCAGCAGAAGAGACUGCAAGAGUACAAUCGGUUGAAGCAGGAGCAGCAGCAGAAGCAGCAGAGGCAGCAGCAGCACCAGCAGCAGUUAGUUCGCCUGUGUCCUCUGAUUUUGCUGCUGCAACAAAAUGGUCACUUGUGUCUCCUCAUGAUGUAGUAGGUGCGCAGCAGCUGCAGCGCUGCUUUUCUUCAUUGUUGCUUCUACUGCAGCAGCAGCAGCAGCAGCAGCAGCAGCAGCAGCAGCAAGGGGGAUCUCUUCGUGGCUUAGAGGUAGCAGGAGACAUAAGAGAGCAGCAAACAUGGGCAACACUUUGUGCUGCAGCAAACAGGCGAAUCUCCCAGCUGCUUGCUGCUCUCCCCCCAAGGCCAACGCAGCAGCAGCAGCAGCACGCAGCAGCAGGAGCAGCAGCAGGAGAAUCGGAGAACGAUGAAACAGAGCAGCAGAGACAGGAAGAGCUGAAGCAGGUGCUGCAGGUGCAGCAGCAGCUGCUGCUGCUGCGGCAGCAAGCUGAUGAAGUUGCUGCUCCUCUCUUACCUCCUCGUGUUGAUGAUGAAUCCUGCGCAGAAAUUCCUAUGGCAGAGAAACAACUUGCUGCUGCUGCUGCUGUUGCUGCUGGUGCAGCAGCAGAAGAUCCAAGCAAGGCAGCAGCAACAGAAGCAGCAGCAACAGCAGCAGAUGCAGCACGGGAGGCUCCAGCCGCACACCCCAAUGGAACAACAACACUAGCACCACCAGCAGCAGCAACAGCACCAGCAGCAGCAGCAGCAGCAGAAGAUACAGAGGAUGACCCAUUAGUAUUUGCUGCUUUAUGUCUUAUUGAGUUGCUGCUGCUAGCUGCAGAUACACUGCAAUAUUUAUCUAUUGGUGCUGCUGUUAUUGAGCUACUAGCACAGACACCUGAUUUGCUGCUGACAAGAUGGCGCAGCAAAUGUAUUGCUGCAGCGCAGCAGCGCAUCUUCCUGCUGCUAGCAAAGCACCAGCAGCAGCAGCAGGAGCAGCAGCAGCACCCGUGGUUGCUGCUGAAGUCCCUUGAGGUAUUAGUACUAAAUAGACCACAGAAGGGAUCAUCUUUAUGCCGCUUAUUGACAGCAACAGCAGAUGAUGCACUUAGCAUGUACAGCAGCAGCAGCAGCAGCAACAGCAGCAGCAGCUCUCUUAGCAGCUCAGCUUCAUGGCAAGACAGUCGUUCCCCAUCUGCCGAGGCAAUAUGGUCAUCAACAGCAGCAGCAACAGCAGCUGC